AUGGCGACCGAGGAUAUCAAGAACGAAAGCGCGGCUGAGGUCAUCGUCGACGAGACGCCCAUCUCGCCCGUUCGCUCUCUGGACCGCCGGAACAGUUUGGAGAAACAUUUGCAGCAUAGGCCUGAGCCGCAGGAUCUGAAGAACAGACAUAUUCUGCUGGAUACCACGACUGCUCCCGCCCUCCAAGCCAAAGCCCUCGAACUCGAGCGCCAACGCGCAACCGACCAACUCAAAAAAGGCCUCAACGCCCGCCCCGAACGCGCCGACCUCAUCGAGCGCAACAUCCUUCCUGCCUCCAACGCCGCGCCUGCCCUGCAAGGACACCAGAAAGAACUCGAUAUGCAUAUGCGCGCGGAUAAUUUGGAGAAGGGGUUGCAGGCCAGGCCGAGCCCGGAGGAGCUGGUUAAGAAGGGCAUUUUGGAUGAGGGGGAGAUUGGUAGGGAGUAG